AUGGCAGCUCAAAACUCUCAAUUCCAGGAAGAAACAAGGAGCAAUCUGAGGAACACAGGAGCUUCAAUCAAAAAUCUGGAAAUUCAAAUUAGUCAUAUUGCCCAACAAAUGACCAACACUCAACCACAGGGCGCUCUACCAAGUGCUACGGUUACUAAUCCUAGAGACAAUAAUCAUGUGAACGCUAUGACAACUAGGAGCAAUAAGUCAAAAGAAACACCUAAAAAGAAUUCUGAAGAAGAAGAUUUAUUGAUUGAAGUUGAUCUAGAGAUUAAAAAAAAUGUGGGUACAAGUCAAGAAGAGGCACUUGAGCAAAUGCCUACCUAUGCGAAAUUCAUGAAAGAUAUAAUUUCAAAGAAGCGAACCAUCGACAGUGACCCGAUUAUUCUAACUGAAACUUGUAGUGCUAUUUUGCAGAGCAUGAAGAUUCCGGUUAAAAAGAAAGAUCGAGGUUCAGUAACUAUUCCAUGUACCAUCGGGGAUAGGUCUUUCAAGAAAGCUCGUAUCGAUUUGGGAACAAGUGUAAGUCUUAUGCCAUUAUCCAUUUACAAAAGAUUGGGAAUAGGUAAAGUACAAGAUACACGAAUGACAUUUUAG